AGGGCUUUCAAAGUCAGUGCAGGACGAUUCAAUCUUUCUUCAACAUGGGAGCAAGUUAGAAUCCGAGGACCCCACUUCCAUCUCUAAACUGAUUUUGAAUCAACAAAUCCAGGCGAUAGGUAUUGAUAAUGAACAUGUCUUCUCAGCUGGGAAACAACUCCAAUUGCCACCAAACCGGGCUUACUCAUGUGCCUCUGACGAUUUUGAUCAUUCGGAUGACUCCAUCUUUACAGAUGACUUCUUGGGACAUGCUACUGAAAGUGAUCGUCGUCCUCCUAUUUCAUACCCAGAAGAAAUUAGGAAGUCCAAAUUCAAUAAGGAAAUUUGUCGCAAAGCCAAUUUCAUAACCACAGAAAAUUGCUUGCCAACUGAAAAUUUGAACACGCAGCUGAAAAUUUACAGAAAAACUCAAAAGAACAAAAGGCGGCAUAGUAUGAGAACAAGGUCUCAAUCGAGAGACUAUCCUUGGGAUUAGUUAUUUUUAGUUUCCUCUGUUUUUUCAUUUGUACCGCUUUUCAUUUUUCUUUGUUUUCUCUUUGUCGCAUUGUACUGUUUUCUCUGUUAUUAAUAAAAAAAUGCUUGUAUUUAAAAAAAAUAGGAAAACUAGAAUCAUACUUUUCUCAAAAAAAAAACUAUCAUCAUACUUGACG